AUGGAUCAGUUAACAAAUUUUCUCGUGUAUAAUAAAACACCCACAUGCAAAAAUAGCAUGAAUUACGAAGCUUUACUAAUAGCUAAAAAAGAACGAAAUCAAAAAGAAGGAGAAAUUGAUAAGAGACUUCUACUACUCUCGCCAGAUCUUGGAAGAAUGACUGAAGAGCGUGUGUUAUACGCAAGAAACCGGCAAGUUGGUGCUCGUCCUUCAGUGGUUGGUGGCAAACCUAUUACUGAAGAUUUGGCUAUCGAGCUCCGAAUGACAGCCUUUGGAACUGCAUCAUGCCCGCCUCGUGGGGAGUGGAUACACACUCCACUUGUGAUGAGACCUUCUGAUCAUCCUCUAGCUUAUGGUUUGGCAGCUCCCAGAAAUGGAACUCGGUCUCUGCUGUCUGGUCUUCAGGCUCACAUCAUCAAAUGGCUUCUGUUCGACUCUCGGCCUCUGACAAAAGAUAAUAAAUCUAUGGAACCACCUGACAGUUACCUUCGUCCAUCUGAAGAACGUCAAGAAGAAGCACUGUGGCGGGCGUGCAGUGAAGUUAUCUGGCGCUGUGGUGGAGGUUUUAAUGCCCAGACUGAUGCUAAGGUUACAGUGACACUUCCUACCAAUCAAGUAUACAUACAACAUAGUUCACAAUAUUACCAAGAUGGAAUCACUGAGAUGCUGCAUUUGUUUGAAUUCAAAAGUUUGGAGGACUUGCAGAUCUUUUUGAAGCGAUACUUGUAUUUGUUUCAGUCUGAAGACGGCUCCGGAUCCUUGUUGCUGCUUUACGCCUGCAUCUUAUCAAGGGGUUGCGAGAAUGUUAAAAAAGAUCUCGAUGGUAAACUGACCUAUUUAGUUUCCACGCAAGUUGAAGGCUCUCUUAACGUGACGACACUUCUUCUCACGGGCCGUGCUACACCUUAUUUGCAUAAUGGAGUACAAUAUGUGGGCGAUGAAGACCAUUAUGCAAUGCCGCAAUUUGGCGUUCUAUCCAGAAGUUCAGUGGGUCUUCUCGUGUGGUAUGGAAAUGAGGAAAAUGUCGCCAGCAACGACACCAAGCAGUACCCUGGAUCUCGUCUGAAAACACCGGCAAUGCCUAUUUGGGUAACGAGUUGCUCAGGACACUAUGGGGUACUGUUCAAUACUAAUCGCGAGCUUCUCAGAAACUACCACGCUGAAAGAAGGUUUGAUAUUCACUAUUACACCUGUGGUGGAUGCCACGUUCUCUUGAAUGUGGACACUCGAGCUCACGAAGACAUGGUGCAAUUGAGAAAUGAUGACAUCAGCGCCACGCCGCUUGAGAAACUCAUUCACACUAAGUGGCAAGACGCCAAGAUCACUUGGUCUGGCCCCGUGCCCUUUGCGGAUUCUCCCAACUAG